AUGGCAUCUUACGGUGCUGCAUUGCCCACUGUGGCUCGCAGCAUUCUUGCACCAUGUCGCCUACCUUUUAGGCAGAUGCCAAUGAUGCCUAUGGUGCCUGCUUUUACCGGUUUCCAGCAGUCACGAGGCAUGAAGAACAAGGCAAAGGAUAAGGGCAAGGGCAAGGGGAAGGCCACCAAGGCCGAUCGCCGAGGAGCAAAGGAUUUUCAGCAGAAGGAUUUGAAGGACAUGCAGCAGUUUGCCCUGUGCGAUGCUAUGCGGUAUAUUCGCGCAGUCGAGGUUGGCCGUGAACCUGCAAGCACCAAAUACGAAGUCCACAUUCGCCUGAAGUCAAGAAAGGAUGGCCCCGUCAUCCGAAACAUGAUCCGAUUCCCUCAUGCCGUCCAAACCGAAUCUCGCAUCUGCGUCAUCUGCGCCCCCGGAUCAAAGCAAGCGAAGGAUGCCCUGGCCGCAGGAGCGGUUCUUGUGGGGAGGACGAUCUUACCCGCAAUGAACAAGGCUGGACUGGGUCGGAUUCUGGGGCCUCGUGGUCUGAUGCCAAACACGAAGAACGGUACCGUCACCGAAGAUGUCGCAAACCGUGUUCAAAUGCUUCGCGGAGGUACCAUCUACCGUGAGCGUGACGCCGUCAUUCGUCUUCCCAUCGGACAAUUAGGAUUUUCUCCAGAACAGCUCCGGGACAACUUGCGCACUACGAUUGAGCAGGUCAAGAAGGAUGCCGCAGGCUUGAAUGACCAGAUCAACAAGCAGAUCUAUGAGAUUGUCUUGAGCUCAACGCACGGUCCCGGUUUCAGCCUGAAUGGCGAGUUCAAAAGCGAAAACUCUCCCCGACUCCUCUGCCUUGACUGGCGUGUAAAAUACCACUGUUUCUUCUAG